GGUUAUCCAGAUUUAUUCAUAACCUUUACGUGCAAUCCAAGAUGGCUUGAGAUAGAUUGUUUUUUGCAUCAGAGGAAUUUGAAAGCGGAAGAUCGGCCCGAUAUAAUUAGUCGUGUUUUUAAGGUCAAGCUUGACAGUUUGAUUAGACAUCUGCGCAAAAAUAAAGCCUUUGGAAACGUUCGAGGAGUUGUUCACAAAAUUGAGUUUCAAAAGCGUGGUUUGCCUCAUGCGCAUAUUUUGCUGUGGUUAGCGACAGGGUAAUAUCUGCCGAAAUUUCGGAUAUAAACGUUGACCCAAUGUAUUAUGCUGCAGUGAGGGAUUUUAUGAUGCAUGGCCCUUGCGAUAAUGAUGCAAAGUCUGCGCCUUGCAUGGUUGACGGUAAAUGUACCAAGCACUUUCCUAAAAAAUGGUGUGCAGAGACAACAGUGGACGACGACGGUUAUCCAAUGUAUAAGAGGAGAUAUGAUGACCGCAGAAUAACCAAUAAUAAGGUUGAUUUGGACAAUAGGUUUGUUGUUACGCACAGUCGUUAUUUAUUGAUGAAAUAUGGAGCCCAUAUGAACGUAGAGCGGUGUAAUCAGUCAAGGUCAAUCAAAUAUUUGUUUAAAUACAUAAACAAAGGCCGUGACUGGGUCAUGGCAGGGUUUUACCAGACAGUUGAUGGUGAUGCAGGACAAAAGCCAGUUGAUGAGAUACAAAUGUACUAUGAAUACAGAUACAUUUCUGCUUGCGAGGCUGCUUGGCGCAUAUUUGGGUUUGAAAUUCAAUAUAAGACCCCGCAUGUUGAACGUCUGAGCUUCCAUUUACCGGAAGAGCAAAGUGUUGUUUUUCGCGAUGAUCAGCCACUGGAUUCAGUGGUUCGCGCAUCUUCUGUUAAGGAUAGUAUGUUCACGGCAUGGAUGGAGGCCAAUAAGAAGUACCCGGAAGCAAGACUUUUGACGUAUGCAGAGUUUCCUCAGAAGAUUGUUUGGAAAAAGAAGACAAGAGAAUGAGCUCCCAGAAAACAACCAUUCGCUAUUGGUAAAGUCUACUAUGUCCAUCCCGGUAGCGGUGAAUCUUAUUACAUCCGAUGUCUUUUGAAUCACAUUCGUGGUGCAACAAGUCAUCAGGAUUUGAGAACCUUGAAUGGUGUCAAUUAUGAUUUUUUUCGUGAUGUGUGCUAUGCAUUGGGCUUGCUCGACGAUGAUAAAGAAUUCAUUGAUGCUUUUGUUGAGGCAAGUCAUUUCUCGUCUGCCUAUUGUUUGAGGAUUCUAUUUGUAAUAUUGUUAUGGACAGAGUCAAUGGCUAAACCGGAGUACGCUUGGAAAAAAUGUUGGUCUUUCAUGGCUAAUGACAUACAAUAUAUGUGAAGGCGAAUAUUACAGCAUCCAGGUGGUGAUUGCCAUGCCUAUUUAUUAUUUCAAUAUCUUAUAUACUGACGAUGUGAAUUUUUGUGACCGUUACUUUCAAUUUUAUUUAACAAAUUAUCUUAGCCCUAACGUAUUUUCAAUUUAACUGUAUUUCUUUCCAGAUCUAAUUCUUUCUAACGACCAAUUAGAGAGGUUUGCUUUGGAAGAAAUAGAAAGGUUGUUACAAACCUGUGGAAAAAGUUUGCGCGAUUACCCUCUGAUGCCUACAGUGGUUCUCGAUUCGCUCUUAUCUUCUAAUGACAAACUUAUAUUUGAAGAAUUGGGUUAUGAUCAAAAUGCAAUGAAAGAGGAGCAUUCAACGUUGUUCAAAUCUCUUACGGAUGAGCAACUACAAGUGCAUGAUACGAUAAUGCGAUAUGUUGAUGAAGAGGUCGGGGGUAUAUAUUUUGUUUAUGGGUAAGGAGGUUCAGGAAAGACAUUUGUGUGGAAGACCCUUUCUGCUAUUAAUGUAAGAGAUUUUUCAUAAAAUAUUAAUAAAAUAAAAGUCAUGGGCAAAAAUAUGACUAAAGUGGGGUGAAUACACUUUUAUAGUCACUAAGUCACUUAAUCACUUUGAUCUAAAAUUUGAAUAUAAUUAUAGACAUGAAAAGUUACAAAGCCAUAUUUUUUAUCCAAUUUUCUUAUUUUGGUUAUAUAUUAAGAAUUAUUUCUGAUGUAACUCUACAA